GCUUCUCGUCUGUUUUUGCAGCGUUCAUUUGUUGUAGUCAGUGAAACCCUAACCCACAAACCCUACUGGCUCUGUUGAUAUGUGUUGAUUUCUGGUUUCUGGUAUUUAGUUCGGGUAAAGAUGCUGAUUAAGCCGGAACCCACCACCACAAAUUCUUCCGCCGCCGUCGUGCCGGUGGCGACGCUGUGCGGCAACUGCGGCGUAGAGGAGCGCCGGCUGCUCCACCACGUGCGCCACCGCGGGAUCUUCCGGCGCCUCUGUACAACCUGCGUUCUACGACUCCAUCCACAGUCCUUCUGCCCCACUUGUUUUCAGGUCUACCCUCCACCCCCAUCAAACGACGCCGUUUUCACCUGCUUCAAAUGCUACUCCUCCUCUCACUCCCACUGCGUCGCGGCCGGCGCCACCUCGCCUCCUAGUCCUUACAUUUGCCCUCUUUGCCUCCACCCCAAUACGCCCAUUUUCAAAUUGAAAACGGCGAAAGAGGCAAAUGUCGACAUCAGCGAGGCCAUGAAUGUGAAGAGUGAUGAUUGCAGGGUGAUGGAUAGAGAUGCUGCGAAGAAGUUGUUGGCUGCUGCAAAAAUUGCGUCUGCGUCUAUGAAUAAAGCGGCUGUGGCUGCAAAGGCGGAGGCCGAGAGGCGGGCGAAGGAGGCUGCAUUCACAAGGAAGAGGGCGAAGGAGGCAUUGGAACAUGUUGCGUAUUUGGUAAUGAAGGACAAAUUGAGGAAGAAGGAAGCGGCUUUGGCAGGGUCCGGUGAGGUGGCAGGGCUAGGAGUAGGUGGAGGUGGCGGCAAUGUUGGUUACACCAGUGGAGGUGGAAUUGGUGGUGUGAAAAUGGAGAGAGAAAAUAAUGUAAAUGUUAAUAGUAGUAUUAGUAAUAGAAAUGGGAGUGUGGCUAGCGGUUUGGCCCCAUCAAUUGUUGUGGAAGAGAAGAUGAAUAAUAUGGGGAAUGUGGAUAGAGUGGACAACUCAAAUCAGGUUUUGGCGGCACUGAAUGCGGUUGAGUUGAGAGAAAAUGAGAUGGGUGGAAUAACACCACAGAGUCUGGCGGUGCGAGUUCCUCUGGAUAAUGAUCACACAGUUAUGGAUGUGGAUGAGAAGGGAAGAAUGGGUGUGAGUGCCGGAGAAAAUGUUGGAGGAUUGGUUGGAGAGAGGAAUGACAACGGUGGUAAUGAUCAUGUAAUGUUCGCUGAUGUGCAGAGUGAUGCCGAGAAUCUCAAUGCUCAUGGGGAGAAACUAGAGGAUGUGAAUGAUGAGGUGGUUUUGGUUCAGCCGGCUGCGGAUCAGGUGCAUUAUAAGGAGAAUAGUAAUGGUGGAGAACAGCAUGCUAAUGGGGGGCCACUGUAGUUGUUGCUUUUCUAGAAAUGCUUUCUGAGUAGUGGAAAGAUCUCAAAGUGGGAUUCAAAGGUUUAAGCCGAAUUUGUUGGAUCAAGCUGUUCAUUUGUUAUGUAUUUUAUGAUAUUACCCUGGUUUCAGGGAUUUGGCUGCAAUCACAGUCUUGGUUUUGCAGGACUUUGGAAUGGGAUAAGGUGAUAAAUCAUGUGUGUCGGUGCGAUCACCGAUCUUCUUUUGUUUGUUUUUGCUGUAGACCUUCUUGUUGCCAAGGUUGAUCAGCAUUUCCUGUGAAGAUUUUCUUGAACUUUCUAUGUUAUCCAUGUAACUCAGCUUUGCUUCAUACAUCAAAAUCUUUGCUUUCUGUGCUGAUUGUUUAAAUUGAUUGUAUAGCGUUUAAAGACGGA